GAAAUAAUCUUGGAAAUUGACUUUAAAGAUCAAGAUAUAAAAGAUUUUACUACUUAUUAUCGUAAACAUAUUGUUGGUAAUGUUGCUGAACAAGCUAUUAUUGAUAAACUUGAACGAGAAUAUCAUCGUUAUGAACCUAUCUGGUGGUGUACAAAUGAAUAUUUUCUUUAUUCAAUGCUCAAUCGAGCAUUGCGUACUAUGCAAAUAGAAACAAUUAUAAAAAUAAGUUUCUUUAUACGUGAUCUUCAUAAAUAUAUUGAUCAAGUUCAUUCUGAAGAAAUUCAUAAUUCAUCGUCAUUAAUUGUAUAUCAUGGUCAAGGCAUAUCACAGAAAGACUUUGAUCAAUUGAAGAAAAUGCAAGAUGGAUUAUUAUCAUUUCAUAAUUUUUUAUUCACUAGUAAAAAUCGUGAUUCGCCUUUGAAUUUUGCACGUCAAACGAUUAUAAAUUCUGAUUUGAUAGGUAUAUUAUUUGUUAUGACAAUUGAUCGUUCUUUAACUUCAACACCUUUCGUUAAUAUUCGUGAUGAUUUAACUAAAGGAGAAGUUCUUCUCUCUAUACAUUCCAUUUUCCACAUUGGUCAGAUCCAACAAAUCGGUACAAAUAAUAAUCGUCUUUGGCAAGUGGAAUUAACUUUAGUGAAUAAAAAUGAUUUAAACCUUGAUGUAUUAAAUAAACGUAUCUUAGACGAAACAAUAUCUUCUAGAAAAGGAUGGUGUCGAUUGAGUGAAUUAUUAAUUAAACAAAAUCAAUUUAAUAAAGCUCGACAAGUAUGUGAUAUAGCAAUGACUCAAACGGAUGAUGAAAAUAAAAAAGCAUUUUUCUAUUAUCAGCUUGGUCUAGUUAAAUUUCAUCAAGAAGAAUAUAAAGAAGCUAGCUUAUUUUAUAAUUCUUCACUUAGAAUUCAUGAAAAAAAUCUUAAUUCUAGCAGUAUUGAUGCAGCUGCAUGUUACAUGGGAAUUGGUUCAAUUCAUGAGAAAAUGGAAAUAUAUUGGAAAGCACUUUCAUUUUUUGAAAUAGCAUUUGGAAUCUACGAGAAAAUUCUGCCGACAAAUAAUCCACUUGUGAUUAAUUGUAUCAAUAAUAUUGGUAGAAUAUGUUAUUUAAUGAAGCGAUAUUCGAAAUCAAUUUUUUAUUAUAAAAAAGUACUUAAAAUUUAUCAAAAUAGUUCAACUUCAAAUCAAUCUGAUGUGGCUAUUGCUUAUAAAAAUAUAGGUUUGGUGUAUGUUAAACGAAAUGAGCAUUCAAAUGCAAUUACAUUUUUUGAGAAAACACUUGCAAUUUAUAAGAAGAUUCUUCCUUCAAAUCAUCUUGAUAUAGCCGAAAUAUAUCAAACUAUUGGUUCUGUAUAUGACAAUUUGUGUGAAUAUACAACUGCGCUUGCAUAUUACGAAAAAGCAUUGAAAAUUUAUGAAGAAACUCUUUCUUCAACUCAUCCUAACUUAGCAUUAUCUCAUAAAAGCAUAGGCUUGAUAUAUUUUCAAAGAAGUGAUUAUUUAAAUGCACUUUCAUAUUACGAAAAAGCACAUGAUAUAUAUGAACAAAUACUUCCGUCAAAUCAUCCUGAUUUAGCAGCUUCUUACAUGCGUCAUGGAUCUGUCUAUGAAAAUACAAAUAGUUUUACAAAAGCACUUUCAUAUUAUAAAAAAGCAUUUGAAAUUUAUCAAAAUAAUUAUCCUAUAAAUUAUCAUGAUUUAGCCAAUGUUUACAAUAAAAUUAGUUCAGUAUAUUUUCAAAUGGGUAAAUAUUCACUAGCACUUUCAUUUUAUGAAUGUGCUCUUGAUAUUGAACAAGAAUUAUCCAAUGGAAAUCAGUCUUCUAUUGAACAAUGGGAUGACAAUCUCGAUAUAAUACAAGAUGAUUGUGAAUGA